ACCCUGUCCGACCCGACACGGAAAACCCGUCAGAGGCCUCCUAUUUAAGGUUUUCAACCAGUUUUAAUGCGCAGCAAAGUUCGCAAGCUUCUGCUUCAAACUGUCUUGCCAUUCUGUUUUCUCAGGCUAAAGAGCUUCUUAAAUAACCAGCUGACAAUCAAACGGGCAAAACAAAUUCAUGCUCAAAUCCUUAUUAGCAGUCUUAACCACCUCCAGCCCCUAUUGGUUCAUCAGUUCCUUCUGUCAACUAACAACUACUCUUCAAGUGUUUUCCUAUACGUGCGGCAAAUCCUUUACCAUUUGCAAAAGCCAGAUGCUUUUUCAUGGGGUUGCGCCGUACGGUUUUUAUCCCAGCACAGGCAGUUUGAAGAAGCUUUUUCUCUUUAUGUUAAAAUGCAGAAGCUUGGAUUGUACCCUACCACACAUGCCAUAUCAUCUGCUUUAAGAGCAUGUGCUAGGGCUGAAUGUAAAACGGGAGGAAUUUCAAUCCAUGCUCAGGUUCAUAGAUAUGGGCUUUGCAACUGUGUUUUUGUGCAAACAGCUCUUGUGGAUUUGUACACGAAACUGGGUGAUAUGGAUACUGCAAAAAAGGUUUUUGAUGAGAUGCCUGAGAAAAAUGUGGUCUCAUGGAAUUCGAUUUUAUCUGGGUAUUUGAAAGCUGGGAAUUUAGGAGAGGCUCGCAGGGUGUUUGAUGAUAUUCCAAAGAAAGAUGUUAUAUCUUGGAAUGCAAUUCUAUCAGGGUAUGCAAAAAUGGGAAAUAUGGAUCAGACACUUUCAUUUUUUCAGCAGAUGCCAGAGAAAAACUUGGCUUCUUGGAAUACGAUGAUUAGUGGUUUUGUGGAAUGUGGAGAAAUAGAAUCAGCUCGGAGCUUUUUUGACAUGAUGCAUCAAAGAAAUAAUGUUUCUUGGAUUACAAUGAUUGCUGGGUAUUCUAAACGCGGGGAAGUCAAGUCUGCUCGUGAGCUCUUUGAUAAAAUGGGUGAGAAAGAUCAUUUAGCCUUUAAUGCCAUGAUAUCUUGCUAUGCUCAAAACAGCCAACCAACAGAAGCCCUAAAGUUGUUUGAUGAGAUGCUUAAAGCUGGUGCUUGUAUCCAGCCAGAUGGGAUAACGUUGGCAAGUGUGAUAUCUGCUUGUUCACAGCUAGGAGAAUUGAGAUUUGGUUCAUGGGUUGAGUCAUACAUAAGUAAGUUUGGAAUCCAAGUGGAUGAUCAUAUGGCUACAGCUUUAAUCGAUUUGUAUGCAAAGUGUGGGAGUAUUGAUAAAGCAUAUAACCUCUUUCAUGGUCUGAGAAAGAAGGAUGUCGUUGCUUACAGUGCAAUGAUAUCGGGAUGUGCCAUCAAUGGUAAGGCUGUUGAUGCCAUCAUGUUAUUCCAAAAAAUGGUGGAUGCUCAAAUUCAACCAAAUUUGGCUACCUUCACUGGGCUAUUAACUGCGUAUAAUCAUGCUGGCCUGGUUGAAGAGGGCUACCGAUGCUUUAGUUCUAUGAAGGACAAUGGACUUGUGCCUUCAACUGAUCAUUAUGCAAUCAUGGUUGAUCUUUUGGGCAGGGCAGGGAGAUUGGAAGAUGCAUAUGAAGUUAUAAAGAGCAUGCCGAUGAAGCCUCAUACUGGAGUUUGGGGAGCUUUGCUUCUUGCCUGUAGCUUACAUAACAAUGUUGAGUUUGGAGAGAUUGCAGCUCAGCAUUGCUUUGAGUUGGAGCCCGGUACAGCUGGUUAUUAUUCUCUCCUUGCCAAUGUUUAUGCCUCUGUUGGAAGGUGGCGCGAUGCCAGAAGAUUGAGAAAGAAUACGGAAAGGAAGAAGCUGGCCAAGAUACCUGGUUGUAGUUGGACAGAAUCGACCUGAUUCUUCCACCACUGACAGGAACAGGCAAAUACUGCUAACAUAGAGGCUAUCAAACUCGGAAUAUGGUUUGGGAGUGUGUGGUCUGUGUAGCAGUUCAGAUUUUAGGGUUGCGGAUUCAUCAUGGUCAAUGCAACUAAAGGACUGUUC